CUGACUAACUGAGAGAAGCCUGGCUUGAAGUCUCCUGCUGUGUGGCCAUAAACCUCUGUUUCUUGGACAAAAACUAAAUAAAUAAAUCUGUUUGCAUUUACAGCUGAGAGUCCGUGAGCACCCUGUCAUGGGACCCUUUGUACAAGACCUAUCUACGUAUGUUGUCAGUUCAUAUUCUGACAUUGAGUCAUGGUUAGCGCUGGGCAAUACCAACAGAGCUACAGCAGCAACCGGAAUGAAUGAUAAGAGUAGCAGAUCUCAUUCUGUCUUUACCAUAGUGAUGACUCAGACAAAGACUGAGAUCUUUGAAGAAUCGGAGACCCAACUUACCAAAAUAAGUAAAAUAAACCUCAUAGACUUGGCUGGAAGUGAACGCGCCAGUCACGUACUAAAUGACCAAGUUAUMRGCUCCACAGAAACAGCGAACCUUAGACUCAAGGAAGGUGGAAGUAUCAACAAGUCUCUUCACACUCUUGGUAAAGUCAUAUCUCUUCURUCAGACAAAGAACUGCAAAAGAAGAAGAAGAAGAUUCCCCACUCGGCUUGA